AUGGCGUCGCUCACGGGAUUUAUCACUGCAAUCAUAAUAACUAUCAUUCUCGCCGGAAGCUCCGCCGGCAGAGACCUCCGUCCAUCCGAUCACGGACUCGGCUACCAGUCCUCACCGCCGGCCAAUUCUCCCCCGGAUAUGAGAUCCUUCUUCAACAGCAACAACUCUUCUUCUGAUUCUUCUUCCGAUGCAUUUAAUUGGAAUGCCACAGAUUCCGCACCUCCGGCGUUACCGAGAAGCACCGGCAACGGCAGAAGACGGUUGGGAAAAGCAUUAGUAAUUGGAAGCUUGUUGUGUGGAGUCACAGGUGUCACUUUAUUAGUGGUUUCUUGUUUGCUUUGUGUAUUUGGCUGCCUAAGAGUAAGAAGAAACUCAGAGCAAAACGAUUCGUUUCGUCAUGGUGAUGAUAAUUUUAAUUUAAAUAAUAAUAAUAAUGAUAAUAAUGAUAACAAACUUGAGGUGGUGCGGACUUCGUGA